AUGGCUCACCAUAUUCUCAAUGGUAAUAAUAAUAAAAGUGGUAGUGGUCGACCAGCGUCAAUAACUCUGCCAACGAGCAAACAUAUCACACAAGAAAAUUAUGAUUAUGAAUUGAAGAAAUUAAUGGAACGUGAACGCCAAUUAAUGGCUACACAGCAGCAAUUACCAAAAGAUAAUAAUGUAAUUACAUCACAAAAAACUCCGUAUAUACCAUCAGGUGAUGGCUUAUAUAGAUAUGUACAACAACAACAAGCUACUUCGCCAAUUGAUCAACGAGUAUUACCACCAACAUCAGCAACUAUAUCGGCUAAUUCAUUGCCCGUGAAGCCACUACGCAUUAUUAUUAUUCGUCAUGCUGAACGAGUUGAUGCUGUUUUAGGUUCAGAUUGGUCAAAGAAAAGUUUUGAUAGAAAUGGUCGUUAUGUACGAUUUAGUGAACAUUUACCAGAUGUAUUACCGCAUCGUUCUUAUUUACAUCAUUAUGUUAUUGAUGUACCGUUAACCAAUCGUGGUCGUAUGCAUGCAUUUAAAACAGGAAAAGCAUUAUUACUCAAUGGAUACGGAGCUGAUAUUUGUUAUACAAGUCCAUCAUUGCGAUGUGUACAAAGUGCAAAUGGAAUUUUAACUGGUAUGGGUAAAAAAAAUGUACCUAUGCGAUUGGAGCCAGGUUUAUUUGAAUGUUAUUUAAACGAUUUUAAGCGUACAUUGUGUUUCAUGACAAAAGAUGAAUUAAAAACUAAUGGAUAUAAUAUUGAUCCAUCUUAUCAAGCUUUAAUACCAUUUAUGAGGCCACAUGAUAGUCAAAUUGAUUAUUAUGAGCGUUGCCGAACAUUUAUGGAUAAAAUUACAGAACGACAUCAAGCUACAGGUGGAACUAUUUUAAUUGUAGCACAUGCACCAAGUCUUGAAGGUUUAACACGCCAUUUAACUGGUGGAAAAUUUCAACCAGAAAAAUUAUUUGAUAUUGCUCGUCGAGUACCAUUUCUUGCAAUGACUAUAGUUGAGAAGAAUGGUAUUAAUAGUCCAUGGCUUUUUCGUACACGACCCCUACAAACAAACUCAACACAAUCAUUACAAGAACUACCAUUUGAAUUAAUUUCACCAUCGACACCUCUUGGUAUGAUAGGUAAUAAUCAUUCUAUGACUCCGCAAGGACAACAACAAAUACACCGUCAACAACAACAACAACAACAAAAACAAAAUCAACAGCCGUCUCAAAUUCAAACAGCUGCUGCAUAUGCAAAACAAAAUCAACAACCGCCUCAAAUUCAAACAGGUGCUACAUAUACACAACAAAAUCAACAGCCUAAACAACAAACUGCCACAUCAAUUGAAAAUCUACAAAUAAAACCACCAAAUGGUCUUAUUCCAAUUGAUUUAAAAAAGGUUGUUAAAAGUUCAACAGCACCAAAUUUACGCAUGAGCAAUUCACUUAGUGAAAUGUUUCGCGUUAUUUGA